AUGAGAAGCCUUGCUAAGGUGGCCGUGGCAGUGUUGUGUGGUCUGGCGCUCACUGGGUUCAUGUAUCGCCAGGACAGGAGCCUGGAGAUCCUGGUGGUGGAGGGUAGCAGACUGGGGCCUGUCACACUGUUAAAGACAGCACCUCAGAAGCAAGUAAAGAUUUUGAUACAUUCCUACAUGAGAAGCGGCUCAACCUUGACUGGUGACCUCUUUCAGGCACACCCUGGAGUUUUUUUCUUCUACGAGCCCCUCUGGUACCUGUACGACCAUGACAUGAACCAUUCAGGCUACUGGGAUCAGGAGGACCUCAGAAGUCGAGUGAAGGACGCCUUCAAGUCUGUCAGUCCUACCCCAGUGACCCCCUUUGACUUUCUGGACCGGAUGUUCCAGUGUGACCUCUCACCAGCCAACCUGGCAUUUCUUGCCUACGUGAUGAAGUCUGAAUCGUUCUCAAAAAGUCAGUGCCCCUUUGGGAAGCCGUUUGGUCGAAUUCAAGAGACCCAGUUAAAGCCUUGUGCAGAACUGGUCAAGCCACGAUGCGAGGAAGCAAAGUCUCUUGUAAUGAAGGUUCUCCGCCUGACUAUGAACGAAACAGACAGCUACCUGGACAAACACCCCGAUCUGAAGGUCAUUUACCUAGUCCGGGACCCGAGAGGCAUUCACUAUUCGCGAGGUCAAGCUUAUUUUCAAGGUCAAUCCAGUUUCUUGUGUCAGAGGAUACAGAACGAUCUUACCACCUUCAAAAGAAUAUCUGGGAAACACAAAGGUCGGAUCUUGCUAGUACGCUACGAAGACCUGGCUCAACUUCCGCUCCAUGUCGUCAAGGAGAUGUAUCAGUUUGCCGGGUUGGACAUGCUGCCCUCUGUAGAAGAAACUGUCAGGCAGAAGACGCACGCAGAAUCUACCCAUGAAACCCAAUUUGGAACUGGCCGCUCCGAUUCCUCCAAAACGUCCACAAAAUGGCGGACGACGAUGACUUACCAGGCAGUCAAAGAAAUGGACGCUUAUUGCCAGGAUGUUUACAGUUUCCUAGGAUACAACACCUUCGCCUCAGACAACGAACUCCGAAACUUGACGCUGCCCCAGAGAUCACCCGAUUAUGACGCACGCCUGGUAGGGGUUAGAAUUGGCCAUCUGCUCAAAGAUAGAGGGUAA